AUGAAAGUAGUAUUGGUGUGCUCUUCACUAUUUAUUCUAUUAUUGGCCUAUUUAUUCAUUACAUUUAUCAAUCAAGAAGAUAGUGGUGGUAAUACAAUCAAUCAAGAAAAGGAGCAAGGAGAUAUGACAACUACACCAACAACACGUAUACUAUUAGCAAUAGCACAUCCAGAUGAUGAAUGUAUGUUCUUUAGUCCUACUCUAGAAUACUAUCAAAGUAUACAAGGAGAAGAAUCUAUAGUGCACGUAGUGUGUCUGUCCAAUGGUAAUGCCGAUGGAUUGGGAAAGAUUAGAGAAAAAGAGUUGGUCAAUAGCUGCAGAUGCUAUGGUGUGGCACGUGACCAUGUGGCUGUCGUCAACGAUACCAAUCUACCCGAUGGAAUGGACAAGGAUUGGGAUGUAACCGUCAUAUCAAAAUAUAUCCAAAAAUACGUAGAUCAAUGGGGUAUCACUCAAAUAUUAACCUUUGAUCAUGGUGGUGUCUCUGGUCAUCCAAAUCAUAUAUCUGUAUCAAAUGGUGUAAAAUUAUAUUUAAAGAAUAAUACAAAGGUUAAAGGAUAUGAAUUGGAAUCUGUUAAUAUCAUUAGAAAGUAUAUUGGUAUUGGAGAUGUAUUUUUCUCCAAAUGGAUAUUCUCAUCAUACGAUCGAUUGUAUACGGCAUACAAACUAUUUGGAAAGAAUUUUGAGGCUAUGAAACAACAUGCAAGUCAGUUGGUUUGGUUUAGAUAUCUAUUUGUCCUUUUUUCUCGAUACUCUUAUUGUAAUACUUUGGUUGAAAUCAAACAAGAUUAA